AGAUGCUGCUGAAUGAGGGGGGAGGGGAACGACAUUCAGACCACAAACCAAUCAAAGCCAGCGGCGCAUCACUCAGCUUUCUAACUCAAAUCAAAUAAAAAACUGAACGGAGAGGUACAUUAGUUGCUAUUAGUUCUUUGAGAACUUUGCUUUGCUUGAUAGCAAUUUGCAUUGAGGUACAUUCCAGAGCUUGUUCACCGAUAGAGAUGGCAACAGUCCCAGAGCCGAAGCGGAAGACUUGUUCCUACAGCUUUCAUCGUGAGUCGUUGACUUCAUUGAUAGAGUUGAGUAGCCUUAUGCCCAGUGGUGACCAGAAGGGGUUUGUUGACCAGUAUGGGGAUAUUCUGACGCUGUUGAAGAUGGUAGUCGAUCCGGUACCGUUGCAGACUCUUCUUCAGUUCUACGACCCAGAGCUUCAUUGUUUCACCUUUCAAGAUUAUCAGUUGGCGCCUACUCUCGAGGAGUAUUCCAUUCUGCUGAGUGUCCCGAUUCAGCAUCAGGUUCCUUUCUUGGACGUACCGAAGGAAGUUGAUUUCAGAGCUGUUGCCAGAGCUCUCCAGUUGAGUGUCAAAGAAGUCUGUGAUAACUGGAAGCCCAGUGGGGAUGUUGUGGGUCUGCCAUUGAAGUUUCUGCUGAGAGUGGCCAGAGGAGAAGCAAAGAAGGGGAAUUGGGAAGCUUUUCAUGCCCAGCUUGCUGUUAUGAUCUAUGGGAUCGUCCUAUUCCCGAGCAUGCCCAAUUUUGUGGACUAUGUUGCGGUCUGUAUCUUCAGAGGAGGGAAUCCAGUUCCCACUCUGUUAGCUGACACUUACUAUGCUAUUCACAGUAGGCAUGGUAAGGGUGGAGCUAUCAGAUGUUGUCUACCUCUCUUGCUCAGAUGGUUCAUGUCCCUUCUGCCAGCCAGUGGACCCUUUGUGGAUGCUCAGAGCACUCAUAAGUCGACUCAGAGGGUCAUGUCGCUUACUUCCUAUGACAUCAGAUGGCAAUCAUAUCGGAUGGAUGUGCGGGAUGUUGUUAUGAGUUGUGGAGAAUUCUGGAACGUGCCACUCGUGGGGAUCAGAGGUUGCAUAAAUUAUAAUCCAGUUCUUUCUCUUCGUCAGUUAGGGUUUGUAAUGAAAGGAAGACCACUUAAAGCUGAAGUAGCUGAAAGUGUGUAUUUUGAGAAGCAGAGUGACCCGGCUAGAUUGGAGCAGAUAGGAAGAGCUUGGAAGUCUAUUGGUGUGAAGGAUGGAUCUGUCUUAGGGAAAAAGUUUGUCAUUGCUAUGCCUGAUUACACUGAUUGGGUAAAGAAGAGAGUGGAAACUUUGUUGCUACCCUACGAUAGAAUGGAGCCGUUGCAGGAGCAACCACCUUUGAUCCUUGCUGAGAGUGUGCCUGCUGAGCACUACAAGCAAGCCCUGAUGGAGAAUCGCCGGUUGAGGGAGAAGGAGCAAGAUACCCAGAUGGAGCUCUACAAAGCCAAAGCUGAUAGGUUGCACUUGGCCCAUCAACUCAGGGAAGUGCAAGGAGAGGAUGCUAGUAGAGUGAGAAGCAAGAAGAGAUCCUACGAAGAGAUGGAAUCCAUGUUAGAUGCAGAACAUCGGGAGUGUUUGAGGCUGCAGAGAGCUGAAGCCAGCUACCAGAAAAAGAUUAGAGACUUGGAGAAGCAACUCAGAGACAAAGACAUCCAGUUGAAGAAAGAGGUAGAUUUGAGGCAGACAUCAGAGGAAUACCUUGGAGGAGAAGUUAUGGAGCUUAGAAGACAAUUGAAGGAGAAGAUCACCCCUCUACCAGAAUGUUCAGAAUGCACACUGUUGAUAGACCAGUGCCAGUACCUGAAGACUCUCAUUCCGGAAGACCGUUUGUCUUAGCGUGUACCUUUGAUGUUUAUGUUGAGGAUCACCUCCAGGCUUGUUGGAUGGGAUUCAUCGUACUCUGUGUAUUCGAAUAUUUGUUGACUUGGUUGUAUGAUCUUUUUACUCUUAUUUUAUAGAUAAGGUUGUUGGU